AUGGAGGAUCAGAAGGAGUCUGCCAGAGCAAGGCAGGACGCCCAGCCAAUCGUUCCCGUGCAACAGGACUUCCUUUUCGUUGACGCAGCGCAAGCAAAGACGUCGCUUCAAGGUCGUCGAAAUGCGCGUUCUUUCGUCAUGCAAAAAGCACGAAGGGAGCGUCCAUGGUCGACAAGCAAACAUGCUGCCAAACAACGCAAGACUGGUAGUUCCAAUAGCACGACUUCCGGGAGUAUGAACACCCCAGACUCUUCAUACACGCCCAAUACAGCGACACCAAGUCCCCCCAUUCUUCCCGGUAGACCUGAUUACUUCACUCCAGCGCGACUACGCACCUUCGCACCGACGGGGGAGUCUGUCUGCCCUAAAUGCCAGAUCUUGGUUUGUCGACCUGGGCAGGAUCUGUGUCCAAGAUGUGCUGUUCUCAAGCCUCGGGCACCAGGAAGCGACCCAGUCAGCCGUCUAUUCGACCCUUUCAGGACCUCAUCAGUGGAGAUCACUGGGAGUGUAUCUGGACUCUUAGAACAUUUUGUCGCAGAAAUGGCUCCUGGUAUCAUCGCUGUCGAUGUCCGUAAUCGAUCCACGUUGAUGAGAUCUGACUGGUUUGGAACUGCGAUGGGCCAUCCUGGCUUCAUGCACAGCUUGCUUUGCACGGUGGCGUUGCACCUAUAUAUUUUUGGUGGAGGUACUGUCGACACCAUUCUGUAUCAUCGAGCACAAGCGAUCGCAGCGAUUAAUGCAGCGAUCUCCAACCCCGACAAAAAUGCUGGAAUAUCGGAUGCGAACAUUGGCGCCGUAUUCAACCUGCUAACAGUGGAGGAAAGCUUGCAGUUGCCGCAUUUCGAAGAGGCACAGUUGCAGGAGGACCAGCCGAAACAACGCGCAAUCCAUCUGAACGGGCUAAGUAGAAUGAUACAAUUGCGGGGAGGGCUUAAAGAAAUUAACUCUAAUCGCAUAUUGCAAGCCUUUAUACUUUGGCAUGCGACCACAUACGCCAUCUUCCACUUUAGUGCGCCCGACAACUCGAUUCUGGAUUAUAUCAGCACCGCCAAUUUUCCUCGGCACCCUCCUGGUUACCAACCAAAUAUCUCGCAGCAUCUCAUCGAAUACUGUCAUUAUGCCGGCGUCAAAGAGAAACUUACCGCAUUGGUGGAAUCGGUGCUGGUACUGACUGCAGACCUCAAUGUCUGGUAUAGUGAUCCCGAAAGCCCGCUGGAUCCACUUGACAUACAGAAUUUCUCGUGUGCUUUGGAGUGUUUACUCUUGGACUGGCUGCGCGAACACGAAUCUUCCGUCACACCGCUGGAGGAUGCACUAUGUGUUGCGCUCCUCAUCUUCACUGUACGGACGACAGAAGCAAUGAAAUUGCAGACUGGCGCACACCUUCUCCAUUUCGCUGCAAGCAAGCGACUUCAGAAAGCACUCAACUGCACGACCUGUGACGAGUGGCAGACUUGUCCGGAUCUCCUUUUAUGGGUUCUUUCUAUUGGUGCCAUCUCUGCAGAUGGCUCGGGCGACAGUCCCUGGUACGUCCAUCAGACCUCACUGGCGUGCGAAACAUUCAACAUAUAUUCUGCAGAGACGCUACUCGAGCGUUUACAUUAUUGCGGAUGGGUCAACUACAAGUUGAAUGAAGCUGUACACUAUCUAUGGGAGAGGAUUGUCAAGCUCAGGCUCGAGCCAUUUGUCAAUGCUUCAUUGAUACCCGAUGACGCCGAUAGUCCAGUCGGGCCACUGCAGCACCACGUCGCUGAACCAGAUCUGGUCGAGUGGGAAAGCAUUGACUGGGCUGCGCUCAGUCUCGGAUUUGACCUACCGGACGAGCACGCAGUCAUUGGCGGAGACGCAGGGGUAUUCGACCACACUCCUUCAGAGGCAAAUGUAGAUAGGCUACAUGACCUCAACACUGGAUAUGCCUACGGAUGUUCGUACACCUCGUGUUAUCCCACUUCGUGCAAUGAAUCUGGAAUCACAUCCAUACCGGUACGGAUGAAGGCUGAUAAACCUUACUUGUUGAUAGGGUCUAGACUGCAACAGCCUUCGCCAUGGCUAGGCGACUUUGAGCGUGUUCGAGAUUAG